AAGUGAACAAAAUAGACAUAGUCUCUAGAGCUGUUGGCCGGCCUCACUCCCCACUGCCUUCUCUGUUUCAGACUUGAUAAAAUGUCUUUCUUUUCAUCAUGGAUCAAAGCUAUUUUCAUCAUUGCCUUGGCAUUUCCUCUUUACUCUGAAACUGCUUUUAUACCUUCACCAGCCAUUCGUAUGACGCUAGACUGUAAUGUGUAUAAAGAUCAGUUACAUUUUUGCACCAAAGAACUGGAUCCACUCUGCGGAACCAAUGGCAAAACUUACUCCAACAGAUGCACUUUCUGCAGUGAAAUGCUAGAAAAUAGUGGAGCAUUUGAAUUUAGUCAUUAUGGUAAAUGCUGACUCCGCCUGAGCACACAUUCCUAUAGUUUUUAUUGCAUCCUAUUUUGCAGUGGCUUCUACAACCAAUUGGCAUCUUCUCAAUCAGGGUUUAAAUUCCUAGAUGACAACACAAAGUACACAAGAUGAAACACAGGAUGUUGAAGAAUUUUUCCAAUUCUAAGAUCUUUUGAUUGAUUUUUAUUCUGUUCAAUUAUUAAA